UUCGAGUGCUUCGUUUUGGCCUGGGUUCUUUUAUCGUCGGCUUGAUUCUCUUGUUCUUUUUAAUGAUUUUUUUGAAGGAAAGAUGGGAUCUUGGCGUGUUUUGGUCAUCGAUUCUGGGCGGGGCAUUACUCGCUGUUUUGGUUGUGUUCGCGUGUUUUGCGUUUUGGGGUUCUUGUUUACUGAAUUGCUGCCUUUUUUUUUUUGACAUGGUUUUCUUCGUUUGCUAUUAUUUUGGGGGAAAGAUGGUAUCUUUGCUCUUCCUAAUCCGAUGCAUUUGCAAGAAAAACGGAAAAAAAAGAUAUUGUUUGUUUCUUGGGAUUGAUUCCAUGAGAAAAUCAUGGGUUGGUUUUGUUUAUAAAUUAUCGGCACGUUAUUUAGACUCUCCCCGUGUUGUUUUAGAAUCUCCUUGGAGGUUUUGUUUUCAUCUUUCAUUUUCUGAAAUUGUUUGGUCCAAUCUAAAAUUUUGGGAAUUGACUGCUUCAGUGUUCAAGUUGUCCAUGUCAGAUUCUUGUAGAACUUUUAUUGAGUUUGCUUCUCUCUGUUUUCUGUCAAGCAGAUGCAUUCCUUACAAAUUCAACAUCGACAAGCCAUGCAGUGAUGAUCUCGAUCAAGCGAUGGAGGUCCUCGUCAUUAGUUCUCAAAAAGGAUAUGGAAUGAUGUUCCCAAAGGGUGGCUGGGAAAUCGAUGAAACUAUCAAACAAGCAGCCUCGCGGGAGGCGUUGGAGGAAGCUGGUGUCCAGGGAAAUGUUGAGCGUAGACUUGGUAGAUGGAGGUACAAGAGCAAAACACAUGAUGCUUUUUAUGAGGGUGUCAUGUUCCCUUUGAAUGUGACAGAGGUACUUAUGAACUGGCCUGAGAUGGAUGUGCGCAGAAGAAGAUGGGUGACUGUGGCUGAGGCAAGAGAGGGAUGUGAGCAGUUGUGGAUGAAAGAAGCCUUGGAGAGAUUGGUGAGAAGGCUAGCAAAUUGUACCAGAAAUAUAACAACUUCAAUGGCAUAGCAUGUCUUUUUCAGCAACAAUAAGAUCUUCCGUUUGCUUGUAUAUACUUCAAAAGGGGACAUAUUCUCCAUGGCAUGAAGAAGGAAGAUAAUUUGAUAGUCAGGAAAAAAAUUAGAGUUGGAAAUAAAGCAGAAAAUGUAUAUUUUGACAGUUUGGUUGCAAGUAGGUUUAGCAGAGCUCUAUCCAUUUUUUUAUUCUUUUAUUAUAAGGAUUUUUCUCUUUUUUUUUAAUUGACAAAUAGAAACUUUUUCUGUAAGGUUAUCUCCAUGUUUCUUACAUAUGUAUCGGUCUAUACCUUCUUUUUUACUAAUAUACUUUGCCAGAAA